UGCGCACGGAGCUCGGGCGGUCGGGGCCGGUCCGGGGGCGCUGCCGGGAUGGACGAGGACGUGCUGACCACUCUGAAGAUCCUCAUCAUCGGCGAGAGCGGCGUCGGCAAGUCCAGCCUUCUGCUGCGGUUCACAGAUGAUACGUUUGACCCGGAACUUGCAGCAACAAUUGGUGUGGACUUCAAGGUGAAAACUAUUUCAGUUGAUGGAAACAAAGCUAAACUGGCAAUAUGGGAUACUGCAGGUCAGGAGCGGUUCAGAACAUUAACCCCCAGUUACUACAGAGGUGCACAAGGUGUUAUCCUAGUUUAUGAUGUCACAAGAAGAGAUACUUUUGUCAAGCUGGAUAACUGGUUAAAUGAAUUGGAAACAUACUGCACAAGGAAUGACAUAGUGCAAAUGUUAGUUGGAAACAAGAUUGAUAAGGAAAACCGUGAAGUUGACAGAAAUGAAGGCCUCAAAUUUGCAAGAAAACAUUCCAUGUUGUUCAUAGAGGCAAGUGCAAAAACAUGUGAUGGUGUGCAGUGUGCCUUUGAGGAACUUGUUGAAAAAAUAAUUCAGACUCCUGGACUGUGGGAGAGUGAAAGCCAAAACAGAGGUGUAAAGUUAUCAAACAAGGAGGAAGGAUAUGGAGGAGGAGGAGCAUGUGGUGGAUAUUGUUCUAUGUUAUAAACUUCGGGAAGCUUAUUCUUUGCAUAUUUAAACAGAUAGUUACAUCUUUCUGUACAUAAAGUCAUUAAAUGCUAUUUUUAGGGACCUUGCAGUUUGCACAUAUUUGUUUUGUAUCAUGGCAGUGAACACUUGUAGGAAAAACGUUCUGCAGCUUUCCCAGUUUGAAAAUGUUAUGGUAAGCAUGCCCAAUUUGCAAUCUCCAGGUUUUUAUAAGUAGCAUAAAUAAUGUGCAAGAACAAAUGCACUAAAAAUUUUACAAUUGUAUAUGUUAAUUGUGUAACUAUUCUAAACAAAUCCAUCUAACAAAUACUGCAUUGUCUGCUCUUUGUCUCAUUUUUAAAUUCUGUUGAAAUUACAGAACUGUAUAGUGUGCACAGAUCUUGGAAACAGGAUAAGCUAUAAAUGUUACAUUUCAUCUCUUCUAGGAAAUGCUUUUUGAAGGUAUUAAAAGCAGCAGGAUUAUACAGUUCUUAGACAAGUCUGCUAAAAUUUUGUCUUUCAGCAGUGCAGUCUAAAAUGCUAAUUGGCACAGGCCCUAGUUGGCAUCAGCACUUUCUUGAAGAGAUGCUUUGAAAGCUUCCUUUGCAAAUCUGGGAGAUGCCAUGUUUUCCUUUUAAUCAUUACUUCAGUUGAUGGCUUAACUGGAGUUUUAAUCCUGUGAUAUUUAUAUACUAAAUUUGUGGUACUCUUGCACUCUAGGUUUUUAUGAUGGUCUGCUCUAACUUGCUUCAGAAAGUCUUCAUUAUUGGCAAGGGGUCUGAGUGAUGUCAUUGUUCUUUCAUUGUGAAUCAUUUUGCCACACUGCAGUAUGG